AUCUCAGCCUGUCAGAGAAACCGGAAGUCAGUAGGUUACAGUUCUGCGUGAUUACUGUUGACAGCACAUAAACAGUGUUCUGAAUAGACACGAAAAUUUCCCCCUAAGCAACAUUUAGGAGACAGUAUGAUUUAACAUGUAAUGAUAGUUAUAGUUUCGUCGUUAUGACUACGCUUAAUGGAUUUACCUUAUAAGGAAUACAUCGUGAUCGCGCAGUGAAUGUAAAUGUUGCUGUUGUUUACAUGUAGCAGAAGGACCGCGUGACAAGAUGAGAGAAGCGGCUGUUUUCAUUCUGCUCAUUGGAGUUAUCAAUAUUUUAAGAGCUGAUAAUUACAAAAAAUGUCAAGCACUGAUCUUUGGUCAUGGCUCGGUCGUCUGCGCGUGCAAUUCCACAUAUUGUGACUCAGUUGGACGGGUUCAGUUGCCAGAUCCUGGUCAGUUUUUGUCGUUUGUUAGCAGUAAAGCUGGCAGCAGACUACUGAAGAGUCAAGGCCAGUUUCAGAAGAACAGCACAGGAGCAGCUCUCAGAAUUACUCUGAAUCCCAAUCAGAAGUAUCAACACAUUAAAGGAUUUGGGGGAGCCAUGACAGACGCAGCAGCCAUGAACAUCCUCUCCCUGUCCCCUGGAGCUCAGGACCAACUGCUCGCACAGUAUUUCUCCCCAGAUGGUAUCGAGUACAGUGUUGUGAGAGUGCCUAUGGCCAGCUGUGAUUUCUCAACUCGCCUCUACACGUACGCUGAUUCUCCUGGAGACUAUGAGCUCCAAAAUUUCACCCUGAGUGAAGAAGACAUUCACAUGAAGAUUCCCCUGCUGCAGCGGGCCCAGGCUCUCUCCGCUCGACCUCUGUCUCUGUUUGCCAGUGCCUGGAGCGCCCCUGCCUGGCUGAAAACAAAUGGUGCACUAAUAGGGAAAGGCUCCCUUAUAGGAAAGCCAGGAGGCAAAGAGCAUAAGACCUGGGCUCAGUACUAUAUCAAAUUUCUUGAGGAAUAUGGAAAGUAUAAUCUUUCAUUCUGGGCAUUGACUUCAGGCAACGAGCCAACCGCUGGACGGAUGACGAAUUACAGCUUUCAGGCUUUAGGAUUUACUCCGGAGACACAACGCGACUGGAUCGCCCUGGAUCUCGGUCCGGCGCUCCAUUCCUCACCAUUUGCCAAAAUCCGCCUGAUGAUUCUGGAUGAUCAACGACUUCUCCUUCCAUACUGGGCCAAAAUUGUCCUGAGUGACGUACAUGCUGCGCGCUAUGUGCAUGGUGUUGGCGUUCACUGGUACUAUGAUCGUAUCGUACCUCCUGACAUCACCCUAGGAACCAUACACCAUCUCUUCCCAGAGUAUUUCCUGUUCGCAACAGAGGCGUGUUCUGGAUGGAAUCCGGCGGACCGGGGUGUGCGUUUAGGCAGCUGGGACAGAGCAGAAGACUAUGCACAUGACAUCAUACAGGACCUAAAUAACUAUGUAACAGGCUGGACAGACUGGAAUUUGGCACUUGAUCAGGGUGGUGGGCCAAACUGGGUAAAGAACUUUGUGGACAGCCCUAUCAUUGUGGACCAGAGUAAAGACAUCUUCUACAAGCAGCCCACCUUCUACAGCAUGGCCCAUUUCAGCAAGUUCCUGUUGGAGGGGUCACAGAGAGUGGGCGUGUCCAUUAGUAAGAGCACUGUCCUGGAGCUUUCGAGUUUUAUCAGACCUGAUGGUUCAGCUGUGUUGAUCAUUCUCAACAGGUCGGAAGAGGAGGUACAGUUUGAGGUUUGGGAUCAGACGUUGGGCUUUUUGACAUCAACCGCCCCAUCUCACUCCAUUCUCACUCUGCUGUGGAACAGACACUGACUGCAACCCAAUACUGUGGGUUAAUUGCCCAUACAUGGACCAUAAAGAAUAACUCAGCCAAGUCAUUCCAGUUGUUCUUUAAAACACUAACAUUUCAAAUGACUGUAUGGGGCUGUUUACACUUGGUAUUAAGAUGUGUCUUCAUCGAUCGGAUCACAAGUGGACGAGAGAGACACAUUACGUUUACACCUGGUAUUUAAAUCUGUCUCUUUUGUCCACUUUCGACCGCAUCUGUCCUGAAUACUGUGAGGGGGUGGUCUGUGAGACGGUGGGCGAGUCUCUCUGCUGUCAUUCAAACGCGAGCGGGAGUAAUGAUGAGUUUAUAUGGACGCAAACUAAUAUUAUGUCGAGGUCCACUGCUUGUUUAGCAAGUAAACACGGUGCACAGAGUUUUGUAAGUUUAUAUGUUGGAGCUUUCUCUGAAUUUCAGCGCAAUUGAUGAAAUUGGAUCGCGCAACUUUCACACUUUCAAAACGAAACUACGGAGAACACCCACAGUAGUUUUAUCAAUGAAAGACUAAAAAAUAGCGCUGUUCACCGUAUGUUCACGCCAGAAGUCAAAAAGACGUAAAAUUUGUGUUUAAUACCUCAGAUCAGAUAAAUGGGCGGAGAGAAGGCGGUCGCGUGUGGCUGUUCGAACACAUUCAACCACAUUGCGUUCCGCAACUCCAAAGCGAUCUGAUCGAAAGUGGUUUCGACUACCUCUGGAUGUGGUUGAAAGUGGUCGAAAGUGGACGCGUUCAAAACGUUUUGAACACCGUUUACACCUGGCAUUAACGUCGUCCACUUGUGAUCCGAUCGACGAAAACGCAUGUAAAUGCCACGUGUAAACAGCCUCUUUGAUUACAGCAGGCACUGUUAACAUAUGCUAACAUAUGGCACUCAAAUGAUCAAUUGUAGCAAUUAUUGUAAUUUAUGGAUGAAGAUAAUUAUUAAGAUUUUGUUUUAACAAAUUGUUGAUGUUUUAAAAGUGAUGACAAUUCAUGAUCUACAUUGCACUUUAACCUUGAGCAAUAAAAGCAACAAAGAUG